AUGGCAUCAGCAACUAUGAAGGCGCUCAACUACCUUGGGCCUUACCAAGUCCGAGUCGAAGAUGUCGAGAAGCCCCGCAUGGAGCACCCCGACGAUGUCAUUGUGAAAGUUACCACGGCUGCGAUCUGUGGCUCUGACUUGCACAUGUAUGAAGGGAGAACGGCUGCGGAACCUGGCAUUACUUUUGGUCACGAGAACAUGGGCAUUGUGGAGGAACUGGGUGAAGGAGUCACAUUGCUGAAAAAGGGAGAUCGCGUGGUGAUGCCAUUCAACGUAGCAGACGGUCGCUGCCGGAACUGUGAAGAAGGCAGAACUGCCUUUUGUACUGGUGUGAACCCUGGGUUUGCUGGAGGCGCUUAUGGCUAUGUCGCAAUGGGUCCCUACCGGGGAGGUCAAGCACAAUAUAUUCGCGUUCCAUACGCAGACUUCAAUGCUUUGAAACUGCCUCCUGGAAAGGAACAUGAGGCCGACUUUGUGCUUCUUGCUGAUAUCUUCCCAACCGGCUGGCACGGUGUGGAGAUUUCCGGCUUCCAGUCAGGAGAAAGUAUUGCAGUAUUCGGCGCAGGUCCUGUCGGACUGAUGGCUGCCUACUCCGCCGCAUUGCGAGGAGCGUCCAAUAUCUAUGUCGUCGACCGUGUUCCUGAGCGACUGGAGGCCGCGAAGAAUAUUGGAGCCAUUCCCAUCGACUUCACGAAGGGAGAUGCCGUUGACCAGAUCAUCGCUCACAAUGGAGAUAUGGUGGACCGCUCUGUGGAUGCUGUGGGAUACCAGGCUGUGGACUCGAACGGCUCUGCUGAAAAGGCGAACAUUGUCCUGGAGAAUAUGAUUCGGGUGACGCGGGCGUGUGGCGGUAUGGGAAUUCCAGGACUCUACGUUCCGAGUGACCCCGGUGCAGCUGACGCCGCCACUGCCAACGGAAUGAUCAGUCUCAGCUUUGGCAAGCUGUUUGAAAAGGGUCUCUCGCUUGGCACCGGACAGUGUAAUGUCAAAGCCUACAACCGAUACCUCCGCGACAUGAUUAUUGCAGGCAAGGCCAAGCCCAGCUUUGUCAUUUCACACGAGAUUGGGCUCGCAGAUGCUGAGACAGCGUAUGAGAAAUUUGACAAGAGAGAGGAUGGCUAUACAAAAGUGAUCAUCCACCCUAAUGGUGGAUUCUGA